CAAGCCAGCCCCUGCUAUAGCACCGUCUACCUCAAUGCGUCCUUUCGAUGGAAUGUGCGACGUGACGUCAAGCUACGUGCACUGACGGCGGCGGAUUUCCCGUCGUACCUUGUGUCAAUUUGGAAGGGUUUACCGUCUCUUCCCGGUGUCAAGAAAGCGAGAGAGCGGAGAUGUCAGCACCCUCGCUAAUAAAGAUGGCGGGGAGGACCGGAAAGAAAUAACAGCGAGCCGAGGAGUGCCAUGCAUUCUGACAUCUGAGUGCUCCAGCGUCUGCCGGUCUGUUGUGGACAAGACCUUUUUUCCUGCUGACCGGAACUGAUUAGGGAAGCAGAAAUGGCAAGUAGCAGUGGAGGUGGCAGUUGUAAGCCGAGCUCAAACAGCUGGUGCAAGUCCCAGGAGAAGCUUCCUGUACAUGUAGAGGAUGCCUUAUCUUAUCUGGAUCAGGUGAAAAUCCGUUUUGGCAGUGACCCAGCAACGUAUAAUGGAUUCCUAGAAAUUAUGAAGGAAUUUAAGUCUCAGAGCAUUGACACUCCAGGAGUCAUACGCAGAGUUUCCCAGCUAUUCCAUGAGCAUCCGGAUUUGAUGUUGGGCUUUAAUGCUUUUCUGCCACUCGGCUAUAAAAUUGAGCUUCCUAAAAAUGGAAAAGUUGUUGUUCAGACGUCACUGGCUAGCCCGGUAUCUGUAGAUGCGGCCACAAGCAACACGCCUAGCACUCGGAUGGUGGUUCCUCCUGCGCCUGAAAAUUCUCAUAGUGAUGUGGUGGAAGAGGCACGGCAGCAGGAAAAGGAAAAGGCUCCAGCUCCGCCAGAAUCAGAGUCUCUGGAGUUCCACAACGCCAUCAGUUACGUGAAUAAAAUAAAAACCCGAUUCCUCGACCGCCCUGAAAUCUAUAGGUCUUUCUUGGAAAUCCUCCACACUUACCAGAAGGAUCAAUUAAAUCCAAAAUGCCGUCCAUUUCGUGGCAUGUCGGAGGAAGAGGUGUUCACAGAAGUUGCCAACCUUUUCCGUGGACAGGAGGAUUUACUUUCUGAAUUUGGCCAGUUCCUUCCAGAGGCAAAGCGAUCCUUGUUCACAGGAAAUGGAGCAUGUGACCUUGGUAGUGCCAGAAAACUUGACUACCAACGUAACUUCGAAAGCCGAAAACGCUCCAGAUCUCUCCUUUUACGCCCUAUGAGUUGCUCUUCCAAGAAAAAGAUGAAGAUGCGAAAGUCCAAAGACCAGUCAGUGGCAAGCGUGGGCAAGUAUGGUACACUGCAGGAAUUCUCCUUCUUCAACAAGGUUCGUCGAGUUUUGAAGAGCCAAGAAGUUUAUGAGAAUUUCCUGCGAUGCAUUGCUCUCUUCAACCAGGAACUAGUGUCUGGCUCUGAGCUACUACAACUUGUCACACCUUUUUUAGGGAAAUUUCCAGAGCUGUUUGCUCAGUUCAAGUCUUUCUUGGGUGUCAAGGAACUCGCCUUUGCUUCUCCGGUAACCAAUGAUCGUUCCAAUGAAGGGAUAGGACGGGAAAUUGACUACGCCUCCUGUAAACGAAUAGGUUCCAGCUACCGUGCACUUCCUAAGACCUAUCAGCAGCCAAAAUGCAGUGGUAGGACUGCUGUCUGCAAAGAGGUAUUAAAUGAUACAUGGGUGUCCUUUCCAGCUUGGUCUGAAGAUUCUACUUUUGUCAGCUCUAAGAAGACCCCAUAUGAAGAACAACUUCACCGCUGUGAGGAUGAACGUUUUGAGCUGGAUGUUGUUCUGGAGACCAAUCUGGCAACCAUCCGUGUUCUGGAGAGUGUUCAAAAGAAGCUGUCUCGCAUGUCCGCUGAGGACCAAGAGAAAUUUCGACUAGAUGAUUGUUUGGGAGGCACAUCGGAGGUUAUCCAGCGGCGAGCCAUCUACCGUAUUUAUGGAGACAAAGCUCCAGAUAUAAUAGAGAGUCUCAAGAAAAACCCAGUCACUGCAGUACCUGUUGUACUAAAACGGUUGAAAGCAAAAGAAGAGGAGUGGAGGGAGGCUCAGCAAGGAUUCAAUAAGACCUGGCGGGAACAAUAUGAGCGGGCAUAUCUAAAGUCUCUUGAUCAUCAAGCUGUCAAUUUUAAGCAGAAUGACACCAAGGCCCUGCGUUCAAAGAGCCUCCUGAAUGAAAUUGAGAGUGUCUAUGAUGAGCACCAGGAACAACAACCAGAAGGCAGGACGGCUACAUCCAGUGGACCACAUCUUAUUUAUACAUAUGAGGACUGGCAAAUACUGGAGGAUGCAUCAUCAUUGAUUAGCUACUAUGUGAAAAGGCAGCCAGCCAUCCAGAAAGAGGAUAGAGACACUAUCCGCCAAGUUCUGCAUCAAUUCAUCCCUGAACUUUUUUUCUCUUCCUCCUCAUCCUCUUCCUCUUGUCAGUCCCUGUUCAGUUCCAGCACAGAUGACACUCCAGCAGAACCAACCACAGAACCUUCUGUAACUGAACUUCCUGAGCGUCGGAGGAAGGCAACAAACCCUGGGGUAACCCCAGAACCCACUACCCCUACACGAUCUCCACCAGAGCCACCACCGAAGAUGACAGAAGAAAUGUACAACUUGUUUUUUACAAACAAUAACUGGUAUUUCUUCUUUCGGUUGCACCACACACUUUGUUCUCGACUCUUAAGGAUCUAUCGCCAGGCACAGAUUCAGCUGCUGGAAUAUCGGACUGAAAAGGAGCGUGAGAAACUACUGUGUGAAGGCAGGAAAGAGAAGUCUAAUGGGCCUGCCAUGGAACUCAGGCUAAAGCAGCCCAGCGAGGUGGAGUUGGAAGAAUAUUAUCCUGCAUUCCUGGAUAUGGUGAGGAACCUUCUGGUUGGAAAUCUAGACCCCACGCAUUAUGAGGACACACUACGAGAGAUGUUCACGAUUCACGCUUACAUUGGUUUUACCAUGGACAAACUGAUCCAGAACAUCACACGACAGCUCCAUCAUCUGGUGAGUGAUGAGAUCUGCUUAAAAGUGGUGGAGCUAUACCUGAGUGAGAAAAAGAGGGGAGCAGCAGGAGGCAGUGUGGUCACCCAGUGUGUCCGAACUUCCAAGGAGACCAGUUACCAGUGGAAAGCGGAGCACUGCAUGGCAGAUGAGAAUUGCUUCAAGAUGAUGUUUCUUCAGAGACAGGGCCAGAUAGUCAUGACAAUUGAGCUGCUUGACACAGAAGAUGUGCAGACAGAAGACCCCACAGAAGUACAGCACUUAUCCAGCUACGUUGAACAGUUCAUCAAUGUAGAUGAGCAAAACAGCCAGAGUGAAGGGUUUAUGCUGAAGCCAGUGCUUUUACAGCGAAAUAUCAGGCAUUUCCAAAGAUGGCAAUGCAGAACCAUGCGAAUGAUGAAGGAUGAAGUGAAGAGCUCAUGGAAAAGACUGAUGGGAGUGGAAAGUGCCAGCAACAUGGACUGCCGCUUCAGACUGAAUAGUCAUAAGAUGAUGUUUAUAGUGAACUCUGAAGAUUAUAUGUAUCGCUGGGGAACACUGACUCGAGCCAAGGAGUUCCAGCCAAUGGUCUUCCAGAAGCACCAUGAGAAGUUUGCUGCUUGGCAUAACAGUUGGCUACAGGAGAAUGUCAGUCCCAGAGCAGCUGAACUGGUGCAGGACUGGUUGACUGGAGAAGAUGAUGAAGAGAUGGUUCCUUGCAAGACUAUUUGUGAAGUCUCCGAGGCUCAUGGCAUGACAGUCACCAGAUACAGAGUGCAGUACACACGCAGAGCAUCCUCUCCCUGAUGUAGGAACAGAAGAACCCCUGUCUGCAUUUGCUGCUGAAAAACUUUUUUUUACAGGGCUUGUUUUUUGCUGUUCUUAAAGGGGGUGUCUGACACUAGAAGACAUUUAAAAUCAGUGCCAUUAUUCUUCAGCUUGUGCUUUGGACACUUUAAUCGACCUUCACAUACUGCGCCACUAAUGCCAAAUGUGGGGUGGAUAAGGCCAGCGAACCUGUAACAUUACUGUCGGGAUGACUGAAACCGGCCAUGGCUAGAAAUACUGAGGAAUUACGUUGAGACAUUAAUGGCUUGUGCAAAGAUUCAGGGAUUGACCAUUCUGUAUCAAUCCAAAAGAAAUGAUGGUGCUGCAAGACGUGACUUUUUUCUCAAAUGACAGAAAAGAAGCGGAGGAAUUAGUGUUUGGUCCAAAUAAUUUCUAAAACUGUUCCAUACCUUGGAUUUUAAAUCCACCUGCUGGUAGCACCUAAAUGUCUUUAAUAUAUCAAUUAUUAAUGAAGCUGUGGGGUCACUUUACUAAAAUGCACCAGAACCAAAAGCAUUAAAGGGGUUGGCCAAUUUAAAAGAAUCCAGGCUGAAUGGGCACACACUUCCAUGCUGUGCCACAGUAAUGAGACAUGUACACUUCAGCUCCCUAAUAUCUGUCCCCCAGCUAUGUAAACAUCCCACUGCCAGGUCCGAGGGGACCAAAUUAUAAGUGGUCAUGUGGUUUAUGGCGCCUCCUCUUCUGAGCAGCUGCGGACAGUCGUUUUAUCAAUCCAGUGCCUCUGCAGAGGAGAAUGCAGCCUUGAAUGGGUAAGAGAGCCACCAUUUUGGUUUACAUGGAUGCGGCUUUGAGGUGUUUACGGAUGGGCAGCCGGGGACGUUGUGACAAGCAGCUCAUUAUGGCCGUGCAUGCCCAUUCAGCCUGGAUUCUUUUAACAUGCCCCAAGUCUUUAACAGCUUCUUGUACAUCAAGCACUUGGAAUGAUCAAGAAUAUGAACUUGUAUUACACGAUUUCCCAUGAACCUUUGCCAUUGCCUGGCACUACCCGAACACAGUAUUCAGUCUCAGUAAUUCUGAAAAAUGAGUUUGUGGCAGGAUUUGAAUUAUAAAAGUAUUCAAUGAUACCACAAUUCUAUACAUUUUUUUUGUCUAUACCGAACUUAUAUAAUGGUUCAAAUAAAUCAAGUGCUGUAAAAUUAACAUGGUACAUGUGUGGUUAAUACAUUAUACCCCUAUAAUAAAGGAAAACGCCAGUCCUAAAUAAAACAUUGGCUGUAUG